AUGUCUAUCUAUCUAUCUAUCUAUCUAUCUUUCUUUCUUCCGAAGCUUGAAAGUGAAGAUGAUUGGACAGCUUUUGAAGCUUGUCGACUAGUCAAGCGCACCCACUUCACCGCUACCCGCUUCUGCCACCCCUGCUACCCUCAUCUUUCGAAAUGUCAACUUGUUCUUGAUGCAUUGUUUUGCCACCAUUUUUCAUAUCUGACACAGGUAAGGUCACCUUCUUCACUCAAAACAGCUCAGAAAUCCAGCAAAAGCGAUACUUACCUCCCGACAAAAUUCCAUCGGCUUCUUAUUUUUAUCUUUCUUUACAUGGAUCUGCCUGCUUCUUUUCCAUUCUUCUCGCCUACUCUCUCUCUCUUUCUCUCUCUCUCUCUCUCUAUCUAUCUAUCUAUCUAUCUAUCUAUCUAUCUAUCUAUCUAUCGUGCUUACUUUGUAUGUGUAUAUAUUAACGUCACAGUUUUGUAUGAGUAUAUAUUGAUGUCACUGCUAUCUAUCUAUCUAUCUAUCUAUCUAUCUAUCUAUCUAUCUAUCUAUUGCCUUUAUUUUGUAUGA